GCUCUGCUGUGUGGGCAGGACUCAUCCCUGCAUCUCCGCACAGACCUGGCGCCAUGCCGCUCAAGAAACCCGACCCGAAGAAGGAAGCAGCCAAACUGGCUCCAUCCCUGGAGCCACCCAGGGAGCCUGCCUUCAACCCUAAGAGCGUGAAGAUUGAGUUCACCGCCGAGCAGAUUGAAGAGUUCAAAGAAGCCUUCAGCCUGUUCGACCGGACGCCAGCGGGAGCCAUGCAGAUCAGCUACGCGCAAUGCGGGGAUGUCCUGCGGGCGCUUGGCCACAACCCCACCAACGCAGAGGUCCUGAAGGUGCUGGGCAAGCCCAAGCCAGAAGAAAUGAACACAAAGAUGCUGGACUUUGAGACCUUCCUCCCCAUCCUGCAGCACUUCACCCGCAACAAAGAGCAGGGCACCUUCGAGGACUUUGUGGAAGGGCUGCGUGUCUUCGACAAGGAGGGCAAUGGCAUGGUGAUGGGAGCCGAGCUGCGCCAUGUGCUGGUCACACUGGGGGAGAAGAUGACAGAAAGCGAGGUGGAGCAGCUCAUGGCAGGACAAGAAGAUGCCAAUGGCUGUAUCAACUAUGAAGCUUUUGUCAAGCACAUCAUGUCUGGCUGAAAGAAUAAACUUCAGGCUCUCGGCACUGUCUGAGCCCACUGAGCGCCGCCAACAGCAAGGUUUGUCCCUUACUCCCUGGAUGUCACACGUCUGCAGAGAUGUUUUGCAUGAGCCACCAUGAAGAGUUGGCCUCCACGUGCGUGCACCUAAGCCUUGGUAUACAAUGAGACAUCUGCAACUUGGCUUUAAACCUUAGGUUAUUCUUCUCAGGCUUUUUCUGUGACAUUUGGCUCAUUAAACUUCAUUCCAUCCUCCCCUAAAUGGUAUCACUCCUUUGGCUUUGGGCUGCUCAUUGAGGGGGUAGAUGGAAGAGACGUCUCAGU